CAAAGUCGUCACUCCACUGUCUUCUUUCUUCUUCUUCGACCUUUCCCCUUCCUCUCCGUCUGCCACCACCUCCUUCCAAAAAAUAAACUAAUUCCCGCUGCCCCUUUCUCUCUCUUUCUCUAGCCUAGUUGCCUCCUCCCACGAGUAAAGCAAUAGGAUUUAGACCAAGAUAGAUGAUGAUCACUGACUCUAAUUCAUGUAUCUAUCAUGUCUGCCAUGAAAAUUUCGGCAACAUGAUUGCUGAAGCAGUACUUUCCAAAACGUCUGCUUUUCGGCAGAAAAUCCGAGCCCCUUGGAAAAUCUCCCAAACAGACUUUAAUCCGGUUCUUGAGUUGGGAGUUGAACCUGAUGGAGGAUGCCUCAAUUGGAUUUGGUAUCCGGUUUCAAGAGAAUCACUACUAUUUAUUCGGUGUAAAGGGGAAGAACAACAAAUUAAUAUAGCUGGUGCCACCGUCAAUGCUUGGUGGUUCCGACCUCAGGUUACGAUAUGUGAAUGUGAUACUUCUGGUGGAGAGAUGUUAUCGACAAGUUUAAAGACUUCAAUGAGGUUGAAGUUGAGGAACAAGUGGAGGAAGAAUGGGGAAGGCGGCGAGUCUGGGUCAUCAGGGGACGAGUCGCCGGCCAAGGGAUGGAGAGACACGUUGAAGGGGAUAAUGGAAUGGUUAGCACUUAUGGUGCACGAUACUGUGAGAAGGCAAGCAGAGAGGAAUUUUGAGAGGCAAAAUUUCGAAGGGAAGCCUUCAAGGUGUUUGAUGAGGACGGCGACGGCUUCAUCUCUGCCCAAGAGUUGCAGGAGGUCCUCAUGAAGCUCGGGAUGCCGGAAGGCAGAGAUAUCUCUCGAGUUGAGCAGUUGCAGGGGAGCGAGGAGAUGGAAAGAGGAGAGAAAAUGGUGUAGCAGUGGUUGAUUGAAAUUUUGAAUGAUUUCCCUCAAUCCAACGAUUGUAUUAAGAUUAUCAAAUCUUACAGCUAAAAUCCCACUAUCAUACCUA